CUAAUUUUACUCCCAUCUCUCAAUAGUCAAUUCAUGGAUACGCUUAGGAUUUCCAUAUUGGAUGAGUAUAUCCCCCAUCUAUGCCAAAGUCCAAAGUUAAAGGAUUCUCGAGCCGCCGAGGUAGAUGUAUAGAUACCGGUACAGUAUGAGAAAUGCCUUUCUGCUUGCUUUCAAUUAUUCAAUCAAGUCCAUUUUACUUCGUUCAUGUCAUUUCUGUCGCUCAGCUAUUGAAAUUCUUUGGGAUCGUGAUCAUGGCGCCUUCGGCAGUUCCUAGGGAGAUCAUCCAAUCCCCCUCAGACUACCCCGGUGUCGAAUCGAAAGCCGUUGCAACAUCACAUCAAAAUGGAAGCCCUCAGAUAGACUCCUCGGAAAGGAUAGACAAAUCCUUGGGGGAGUUCAGAUGUCUUAUCGCAGACUUGACCGAGCAGUUCAAGGGCGGUCACCCAGGGGGUGCUAUGGGAAUGGCUGCCAUAGGUGUUUCGUUAUGGAAAUAUGUGAUGAAGUAUUCACCCGAGAAUCCGAACUUCUUCAACCGGGACCGAUUCGUUUUAUCAAAUGGCCACACCUGCCUUUUCCAAUACAGCUUUCUCCACCUUACCGGCUACAAGAACAUGACCCUCGACCAAUUGAAAUCAUACCACUCUUCACGAAUCGAUUCCAUAUGCCCGGGCCACCCUGAGAUUGAACACGAUGGCAUCGAAGUUACUACUGGACCACUUGGCCAAGGCGUUGCAAACGCCGUCGGCCUCGCCAUGGCGACGAAGCAUCUCGGUGCCACAUACAACAAACCCGGAUUCCCGCUCGUAUCGAAUAUGACGUAUUGCAUGAUCGGCGAUGCAUGUCUUCAGGAGGGUGUCGCCCUCGAAUCUAUCCAGCUCGCUGGCCAUUGGAAAUUGAACAACCUGGUCAUCAUGUAUGACAAUAAUCAGGUCACAUGCGAUGGCUCAGUCGAUCUCUGCAACACUGAAGACGUUAAUGCGAAGAUGCGAGCUUGCGGAUGGGAUGUCAUUGAUAUUGAGGAUGGCUGCUUCGAUGUGGAAGGGAUCAUUGCUGCCCUGGUCAAGGCCAAGGCUAACAAAGAAAGGCCAACUUUCAUCAACGUCCGAACGGUUAUCGGUAUCGGCAGCAAAGUUCAGGGAGAUGCCAAAGCCCACGGUGCUGCAUUCGGUGUCGAGGGCGUCGCAGACAUUAAGAGAAAGUUCGGAAUGGACCCAGAGCAGCACUUUUCCAUCUCGGAAGAUACAUACGAAUUCUUCCGGGAUGGCAAGUCCAAGGGCAGGCAGAUCGAGACUGAAUGGAACGACUUGGUCCAGAAGUACGCAACUGAAUAUCCAAACGAGCACUCGGAGUUCCAGAAGCGGGUGAGAGGCGAGAUGACGGAGGACUGGAGCAAACUUAUCCCAGCCAAAUCAGAGUUCCCGACUACUCCUACUCCUUCAAGAAAAUCGGCUGGUUUAGUUUGCAAUCCUAUUGCAGCCGAGAUGCAAAGCAUGAUGGUUGGGACUGCCGAUCUGUCACCAUCUGUGAACAUGAUCUGGAAAGGCAAGGUCGACUUUCAAAAUCCUGACUUGCGAACAACAUGCGGAAUCAAUGGCGAUUAUUCCGGCCGAUACAUCCAUUGGGGCAUCCGAGAGCAUGCAAUGGCAUCGAUAUCGAAUGGGUUAGCAGCCUUCAACAAAGGCACGAUCCUACCAGUCACAUCCACCUUCUUCAUGUUCUACAUCUACGCUGCUCCCGGUGUCCGCAUGGGCGCUCUCCAACACCUCCAAUGCAUCCACAUCGCUACCCACGACAGCAUCGGCACUGGUGAAGAUGGCCCAACCCACCAACCCAUCGCCCUACCCGCCCUCUACCGCGCCAUGCCCAAUCUCCUCUACAUCCGCCCCUGCGAUUCGGAAGAAGUCGCCGGUGCCUUCAUCUCCGCGCUGCAAGCGAAGAACACUCCCUCAAUCAUCUCCCUAUCCCGCCAAAACCUCGAGCAGUACCCCGCCUACUCAUCACGAGACGGCGUCCAGAAGGGUGCCUACGUCUUCAUUGAGGAGGAAAAUGCCGACGUCACCUUGAUCGGCGUAGGCGCUGAGAUGAUUUUCGCAGUCAGGACGCGCGACGUGCUACGUGAGAAGUUUGGCAUCCGCGCACGGGUCGUCUCAUUCCCCUGCCAGCGAAUCUUCGAUGCCCAACCGAUCGAAUACAAGCGCGAUGUACUACGGUACCGGAGCAACGCGCCGAGAGUGGCGAUCGAGGCGUACGCUGUUAAUGGCUGGGAGAGGUACGCGGAUGCUGGAUACUCGAUGAGCACGUUCGGGCAUUCGUUGCCGGGUGCAGCUGCGUAUAAGUACUUUGGGUUUGACGAGAACAAGAUCGCGCCGAAGGUGGCCGAGCUUGUUGAAGAGGUGAAGAAAGACGGAAUAGAGGCACUCAGGGGGGAGUUCCGUGAUUUGAAUGAAGGGCCUCGCUGAUCUGUAAUUUCGGAAAGCGGGUUGGGUUGUUGGUGUCUUGGUUGUUUAAUAGGUUAUGAAUAUAUAUCACACGUGUGGAAAUCACUGACGAAUGUCGCAUCUAAUCUACCCACGGGUG